AUGAGUGGUGUUGUUCUAGAAACACUAAACAGCCAUCAGAUUCAAGACCAAGUCUUUGGAUUAACCAGUGAUAAUGCAUCGAAUAAUAAGACAUUGGCUGAUUCCCUCCAGCAGGCUUUAUCUAAUAAUGUUAAUAUUAUCCGAACUCCCUGUCUUGCUCAUGUUAUCCAACUUAGCCUGAACCAGCUUCUUGACCGUCUCAAGGCAGUUCCACUAAAUAAUACCGAGGAAACAAAGUGGACUAACCGGCUGUCAACUUUAGCCAAGGCAAAUACACAACACCAGAAGCAUGAGAUUUCUUAUACCUUAAACAAGGUCCGCUCUCUUGCAAUUUAUAUCCACGGAAGCCCUUCACGUCGAGAGGCAUUCAACAAUCUUCAAACAGAUGAUCCAAAGCUUACACCAAUCCAAGAUGUGAGAACUCGAUGGAAUUCAACCUUUCUUAUGCUUCGUCGCGCGAAACGACUCCGUGAUAUCUUUACACGAUUUUGUGCCGACUAUGAUUGUGAAGAGAUGUUGCUAAAUAAUAAGGAGUGGCGCCAAAUUGACUAUCUUCUUUAUAUUACUGAGCCGUUCUUUCUCUAUACAACCGAGCUAUUAAAGACUCGAGAGGUAACAAUACAUCUUGUUUUCAAGAUUUACAAUGCACUCUUCGAGCAUCUAGAAAAAUCAAUGAAGCAGCUUCGGCGGAAGUGUGUUCCAUGGAAAAAGCAGAUGCUUAAUUCUCUUGAAGCUGGUCGAUUAAAACUUGAUGAGUACUACUCGCAGACAGAUAGGGUUAAACCACAUAUCUAUGCAAUUAGUACAAUGCUUGCCCCGAUAAUAAGUUCCAAUUCUUCCUAUCUGAUGACUGGGAUAAACAAUGGCGCGACCUCUACCGGAAAUCCUUCCAAGAAGCCCUGGUUCCUUAUCAAGAACGUCUCUCUACUUUCAAGGCUCUGCAACCACCCCUACCGCAGCAAGACCAAGCUCAAGGCUUAA